CCAUAUUCGUUUUUCUGCAACUGAAUUUUGUAAACAAAAACAAACCGAUUUUAAAUACCAGAUAUCUCAUUAAGAUCGCGAGAUAUAAAUGUGGUUUCAAUAGCUGUCUUCAAUGUCUGCAACGAUGAUAGAGAGUGUCCAAGCUCGCCAACGAGGCGCGUUUGAGUUCGAGGAGCAUUAUGAUAGCCUGUGCGCCCUACAGAACAGCUGCCCCAUUCCUGCUGUGAAAGCACAUCUCCAGUCCCGGGUCUUGGAUCUCAAUGCUGACAGGAUCAGGGCGAAUGAUUGGUCACCGAUUCUGAACACUCUGCGUAUCAACAAGACCUUGGAGUUCAUCGGUGUCCGAAGCUUCUUCCAGCAGCCUGUUGAUGAUGGAAAACAAGACAAGAAACAGCCUCAGCAUUGGCGGCGGAAGACACCUGCGAUCCGCUCGAAAGAGAUCACGUACCGUCUGUGCAAGGCGCUGAGAGAAUGUGUCACAAACUCCUCAUCUGUGGUCUGCCUUGAAUUACAGGGUCUGCCUCUUCGUGAGCGAGACAUGCAAAUUCUGUCAAAGGGUAUUGCAAAGAACCAUUCACUGCGCCACCUGUCUGUGGAGUUCUGUACCAUCGGUGAUGAUGGUGUGGAGAUUCUCUGCAAAGGCAUCAAGAAUUCACCCACUCUGACCUCCCUCAACUUCUCUGGAUGUGGCCUGACGUUCCAAGGGGCAGAUAUCCUGGCAAAAAUAAUCAAGCACCAGUCGAUGAAACGUCACAAUGAAGCCUGGCGCGACAGCCUGCGUUAUCGACGGCCUGAUCUGGAUGGCAUGAUGGGAAUACGACGUAUCACUGUCAACAAGAACCCGCUGAUGGGAGACCAGGGAGCGCUAGCAUUCGCCGAGGCUCUAAAGGACGAUCUCUGGUUAAAAGCCCUUGACAUGCAGCAAUGUGGUAUAAGUGACAUCGGAGCGAAGGCCCUGCUCCAGGUCCUCAAGUUCAACACCACCAUGGUCGUCCUUGACCUGCGUCUGAAUCCACUCAUCGAUCGUGACAUCCAGCAGAGUCUGAUGGAGCAGGUGCUGAUCAACUCGGACGGACAAGAUACCGAGUACAAGUGGAUCCGAGCGGAAUCACCUCACGAUUCACAGCGUAACCGAUCACCACGCCGGCGCAGGACAAAGACAAGCGGCAGUUUCCGUGGUCGUGCUGGAGUCAAGAUCAUCCCCGGGAGUGGACGCAAGCGUUCCAAGAGUGCUGGUGCCAGCACCUAUGGGAAACCUUUUGAUGUCCCAGAGGUGACGCGUCCUGGUCCCGGCUUUGUCCCAUGGAGGACCGCCAUGAGGGCAAUGAGCUACAGAGGUUAUCCGAACCCGAUCUCUGCCUGGGAGAAGGGCAACGGUUCAUCACCGAUGGAUUCCCCGGCCGUCAUUAUCAACAAGGACGGGUCAGAUGACGAGGACUGUAAGGAGUCGUAUAUGAGAGCGCACGGCAUCGACGAUGGGUCGUUUGAUGAUUCCACUGAUUUGAAAGAUGCCAAGGAAAUGAAGAUUGUCCUGGCCCAGAUGAAGCGCUGCCUGGUGGAAGAGAGGGAAGCUAGAAAUCAGGCCGACAAGAGAAUGCUUGAGUUGACCAUCGAGAACACCAGACUUCGCCAGGAGGUCAGCAUGUUACGCGGCGGCCACAGUCUCCUCGAAGAUGACAAAGUCCUCGACAGUAUUGAAGCAUCGUUUAAAAAGUUCCAUUCCUUCUUGGAUCUUUUGAGAGAUGCUGGUCUCGGACAACUGAUCACAAUCGCUGGCCUUGACCAGGCGCCCAUGUCCGUGCCGACCACCAGCCACCAGUCUCCCUACCACACAGCCUUCCCUGUAACCAGCUUGUCUGGUCUCCCUCAACACAAUAUCGAUGUCCGCGACCCUCAGUACUAUGAUGAGGACCCAAUAGAGGGCGUGGGGAAACCAAACCAGAGUCUGUACGGCAUUCCCGAGGCCUCGCCACCGUCACGAGAUCACGCUCGUACCGCAGAUGAUGCAAUUCUGACCGGUUCAAUCCGGCCACAUCUGAUCCCGGAUAAUUAUACCAACGGUCAGAUAUUAGACCCAACCCUUCACCAGAUGCACGAGGAAGAUGACUACUCGUUCAAACCAUCGACUGCGGAUGAGUUGUAUCAGAAGUUACGUCGCCAGGCUGAGGCUGCAUUGGAGAGAAGUCGGCCGUAUUACGAGGCAGAGUCGCCAGCUGUCGUCACCAGUACGCCGCACAAAACAAAAUCACCCGUCACUGUCCCGGAGACACCGGAGCAAAAAGACGGAAUCGCUGGGAGCGCUGAAACUUCACCAAAAGAUACGAAACGCGUCUCGCCAAAACCUGCUGAGAGAAAACGUCAGAGGUCACCGGUGGAUGCUGUCUCACCAGAUGUGUUUGAAGUCCCGGAGACAGAGGGCGCCAGUGAGGUGUAUAGCGACACGUUUGAACCUUCUGAUCGUCAUGAGUUGAUAAAGUCCAUGGAGGAUAUUACUGAACGCUCGCCGUCACCGUCCGCUGAUGUUCCUGAGAGCGAGGAGGACGACUUCUGAGAGACAGAGGACACUGGCCAGACCAGUCUGAUGUCUUCGAUGGCUCGGCCAGCAAACUCCAAUGCUACCUGAAGGAAAAGUGUGAAUAGACUCUGAAAAUGUAACAUUUCUGGAGAGUUUCGUCAGCCUGAGCAGCAGAUCAACACCUUAUACUAGUAAUGAAGAUAUCUGCUGGUGAAUCAGACGAAACUCUCUGUAAAUGUAAGACUUCAGAGUGUCUCUCAAUAAACUUUUUUGUUGAGGUUAUUUGCCAAUUUGAAACUGGGCUGGCUCCCAAUAAGCUGAUGACAUUUUUAGAUUUUUGAUAAAAGAAAUGUAGCUUUUAGAUGUUAGUUUGAAGUAAGAGUAGAAUGUGGUGGUUUUACAUUGUUAGCAUUUUUCUGGAAGAUAUUAGUAUUUACAAGGUUUUAGAAGUUCUUUCCCUAAAGUCAAAGCUAGUAACAGAUGAAACUGGUAUGAGGGCAACUGCUGUCAGAAAUGACACAAGACUUUUAUGGUUUACUGUUUUAUGAUACAGCCAGACAAAGUCAGUUGUGAUGGUCUCACCUCUUAGGUACACAUGAGGGGAGGGAUGGCUAAAACAAGCUGAAACCAGUUCAUGUGUACCAAACUUCUUCCUCUUAGCGUUCGAUUUACUGAGUAUGUCUAUGUACAGAACCAGGCCUGUGUCUCUUAUAAACCUGGCUGUCAUCUCUUGUGGUCUCCACUGAUGCACCAUAUGGCCAUGGGGCCAAUCUCAGAGUGUCCCAGGGUGGGCAGUCCUGGAGCACAUGCUCCGGCAAGUGUACUAAACGAGUGGCCCCGAAGUUGAAACUUCCGAUAGGCAUGUGAAGAGUGAUAAAGCAAUGUCUGCUGCACAUAUUGUGUGAUUUAACAAAAUGUACUUAAAUUUAUGGUAAUUUAAUAAAG